AUGUCUUCAAAUAAACACCAAAACUCAAAUCAUUAUCAACACAACAAGAACUCAUCGAAGGGUUCUCGUUCCCUUGAUAUUCACACGCUUUUCAAACCGUCGCAAAGACAUGAAUCACAAAAACAGCCAGAACCUUCUUCUUCAUCGUCAUCAUCAACUCAGAAGAACAAUUCAGACUCUGUACCACCUUCUUUCCAUCCUCCUCCACCCAACCACUCCCCUCAGCGAAAACAAAGAGCUAGCGUUCAACACGAGCCUCGAUUUCGAAUCUACGAAACUCCACCACAAUGGAAUCAUCAACACAACCACAGAGAAUCACCAACUCACCAUUUUCACACUUCGACCUCACCUCACCAUUUCUUUCCUCAAUGGUUCAAGAAAUUCACCAAUCAUCAUCAUCACCACCAUCGCAACACUUCCUCACCGAAUGAAUUUGAGCCUCAUCAUCAUCAUGGUCAUCCUCACGACAUGUCCUCGUAUUCCUACCCGCCCACACCUCAUCGCAUGGAGAUGAGCCAUCCAUUCUCUCCAACAAUCACCUCUCCAACUCCUGAAUUGUUGACUCCCCAUUCGACAAGCCCUCAUCAUCAGAAAGGUAAGAACAUGAAUAACAACUUGUUCUUGGUUCGGGCGAAUCAACUCUCUCAUCAUCCAGCCUCUAUUGAGAUGUAUCAUGAGGAAGAUUUACAUCCAUAUCCUCUCACACCUACGAAUAUUAGGAAUCCACCAUUUGAAACGCUUCAAUUACAUCAUCAGAAGCUCUCAUCUUCUUUACAUCAACAUUCUCCAACGGAACAACAUCAUCAUCAUGAAGAAGAUGAUUUGAACUCACCAAUCUCGCCAACAAGCUCACCAUUAUUCAAUACGAAUCCCGAUUCGCCCAAUCAAACCCUUAGACGAAUCAUCACUCGUUUUCAACACUUAUUCAAGUCUAAUACGCAUCCAAAAGCUCAUGAAGGAGGAAAUGGUGGUUUCCAACAUCAGCAACAUCAUCCCCAUAUGAAAAUUCUACCCAAACUUGAGGUUAAUUUUUCUCAUUCUGAAAAAGAUCAUCCUAAAUCGCCCACAGAAGCAGAGGCUCAUGCUCAUGAAAUAACCUCAAACAACCAUCAGACAGAGUUCAAUAAGAAGAUCAUUUCACCUCAAACACCAACAUCGUUGGUACCUUCAUUACUACAUCCUCACCUUUCACCCUUAUCAAAAGUUCAAGCGAAGCCAAAGCAUCAACAUCCUCAAGAGGAUCAUCCAUCACGAGAACGAUCAUCAUUGGUGGAACAACAACAACAACAACAAACAUUACAUUUACAACAUCAGAAACGCCAUGAAGCUCAAAAACAAGCAGUAUUAGCCUCGUUGGAUACUUCGCAACUUGUAAAUACAAAUACUCCUCAUCAUGACAAUGUUUCUCUCUCGGAACCCACUUCUGUGCAUCAUCAUCAUAAUUUACUCUCAGUCUUGUCCCCAGUGAGUCCUCAGAUUCAUCAACCUCCUCAUCAUCAUCAUAGGAUGGACUAUUUCGAUUCGGAGCCUUAUCCACGACCAACGGCAGCACAACUUCAUCAUCCACUGCAUGCCUUACAUCCUCGGCAUACUCAUCAUCAUGGUCAUCCUAUACACGUUUCUCCUCAAUCUCCUCAUCAUCAACAUCAUCAUCACCCUAAUCAUACUGGUUCUAUUAUUGAGAAAGAAAAAAGCAAAAAACAGCCUCUCGUAGAAGAAAGCGCCAAAGCUCUCGAGCACCCAAAAAAAUAUUCGAACCAGCCUCCGCAACGGCAUCAUCGUUUCCAUCGAGCGGAGCCAAAAAGCAAUCAUCAGAAGAUUCCUAUUCCUACAACGGACAUUGUUGUGUGUACACAAUCAUCAUCGUUGCCAACACAAGAAGAGAACACAAGUUCUGCGCAGAAAAGUGCACAGCAGCAAUUUACACAAACAUUUUUUAGGAGAACGUCAUCCGACAACCUCACUCCGGUUUCUGUGAGUUGGAAUAUACAACAACCAUUGAACAAAAAUAAUAGUAAUAAUACAAACGACACCAUGAAUAUACCAAAGAAGACAACCAGUCAAGAUGAUUUCUAUAUGGAGGAUUCAAGUCUUCCAGAAUCGAAUGUCCACGCCAUCACACAAAAACCUUCGCGUACCACUCAUAUCAUGAGUGAUGAGGAUGGGGUCAUUAUUAGUUCAUCUCCAACAAGUAAACCCCGAGUGACCACUGGACAAAUUCAAGAGGAAAUUUUGGACCCUAUUUUCGACUUUUUCAAAACAAACACAAAUUAUGAUUUAAUGCCCUAUUCCGGAAAAGUUAUUGUAUUCGACAUUGAUCUACCUGUUAGAGAGGCAUUCCAAGUAGCUGCUAAUAACGAUAUUUCUUUUGCAUCACUGUGGGACAGUGAAAAGAGUUGCCUUGUCGGAAUGUUAACUGUGACCGAUUUGAUUGAUAUUUUACUCCUGUUCCACAAUCAAAUGGACGUCAUUCAAGACCUGGUCACUCACAAAACAAUUAGAGAAUGGAGAGCCAUGCAAAAACGUACAAGACCAGACAAACUUAUUUAUGUAACACCUGAGGAUACUCUCCUUACUUCAAUUCACACUCUCAGCAAGUAUUCCAUUCACCGUCUUCCAGUUUUGUCGCCAAAGGGAGCCUUACUACAUAUCAUUACUCACUCCCAUUUGCUAGCAUAUCUAGUUCAAAAUUUGAAAUUUGAAUCACCUAUUUUCCAAUACAGUCUAGAAGAUUUAGGAAUUGGUACCUACGUGAAUGUUGUGACAGCCAAGAUGGAAAUGCAACUUUUUGCAGCUGUUUGUCUUUUUGCCAAGUAUAAAGUCUCUGCCAUUCCUGUUGUAAAUGAUGAAGGAUGUGUGGUGGAUGUCUUUUCAAGAUAUGACAUUGUUUAUUUCGUUAGAGAUGGAGACUAUAGACUGGAAAUGACUCUGGGAGAGGCUCUUAAAACGAGACCAAGAAUUCCUGUAUUUACUUGUACAAAAUCAGAAUCCUUCGAGAAGGUAUUAAGGCACUUGUCCACAACACGUAUUCACAGAUUGGUGUGUGUUGACGAGUAUUCACGAGUCGUUGGUAUUGUUUCCAUUAGUGAUAUUUUCUCGUUCCUCAUGAAAAAGCAAGAAGAAAUUCUUUCAAGAGAGCAUGAUAUUGAACUUUUGCACGGGGCUGACAUGGUUGAUGAGAAAUAA